AUGGCCAGUAAACACGACUGCAAGUCAUUGGACCCUGAGCAGGAGACUCUAACCAACAUGCUGGCUCCAUGUGGACUCCAGCCCGCAAGGUCACUUUUCAAUAGGAUGGACUUUGAAGACUUGGGGUUGGUAGUAGAUUGGGACCACCACCUGCCUCCACCAGCCGCCAAGACUGUUGUUGAGAACCUCCCCAGGAUAGUCAUCAGAGGCUCUCAGGCUAAGCUCAAGUGCCCCAUGUGUCUUUUGGAAUUUGAGGAAGAGGAGAUUGCCAUUGAGAUGACUUGCCAUCACCUCUUCCAUUCCAGUUGCAUUCUGCCCUGGCUAAGCAAGACAAAUUCCUGUCCCCAGUGCCACCAUGAGCUGCUCAUUGAUGAUGACACUGAAGAUGAGCAGAGAUGA